AUGAAACUUUUAGGUUUAUUGGCACUCUGGGCGGCCGCUUGUGAAUCACUGGCCGUUCAAAAACGUCUUGCAACCCCAGAGUCCAACAGUGAUGGAUACUUCAAGGUUGCCUUUGAAGUUGCUGAGAGGGACCUUUUUGACCCAACCAGAAUCGUCAAACGUUCGGAAAUGGGAGGAAGAUCCGUCGAUUACGAAGAAUUGGCUAAAAGAAGCCGUCAUCAAUUAGGCAAAAGAUCAAUGAAUUCCUCUAAUAUUGACGAUGCUGUGACAAUUCAAAAUAACCAAACCGUGGUGUACUAUGCAAAUAUUUCUCUUGGUACCCCUCCUCAAAACUUCUCAGUACAAAUGGAUACCGGGUCGUCGGAUUUGUGGAUUUUUGCCAAAUCCAAUCCAUAUUGUAAUUUCGGUUCCAGCAGUUCCAAAAGAGAUGUUGGCGAAAAGGAUUGGAAUUACGAUGGUGCUUUGAGCUCUUUAGAAGCCGCAGAAGCCUCGCUUUAUGAUUACGAAACCCAACUGGAAGCUACUUAUUCCACUGGAGCUUCAAGUUCUUUUGUGUCACUUUCUACCCUUCACACUGUCCUGAGUAUUGUCAUUACUACCACCAGUGACGAUCAUACUUAUACUGAAACUACCGCUGCUACCUCCGGUACUGCUACUGACGAUGACUAUGACGGUUCGAUAUCUACUGGAGACUUUGAAUACGUUAACAGAGAAACUUAUAUCACUCCAUCGUAUUACCCCCUGCAAACAACUUAUCAAAUAAAUACUGCCACAGUGCUGCCUACAAUUGCUUGUGAUGAUACGGGAUAUUUCAAUCCGGAUGACUCUAGUAGUUUCCAUAAGACCGACAACGAUUUCUUCAUCAGUUAUGGUGAUUUAACUUUUGCCCAAGGGACAGUUAACCAAGACAGACUUAUUUUCAACGAUUUCGUAAUUGAGAACUACACUUUUGGUCUUGCAGAAGCCGCUAAUUCUUCAGAUAUGGUGUUCGGGAUCGGGUUAACUGGACUCGAGACUUUAGGAGUAUACGAUAAUUUACCUUUAAGACUUGUCGAUAGUGGGUACAUCAACCGUGCAGUAUAUUCUCUUUAUCUUGAUGACGCUAACGCGACUACUGGUAACAUUCUUUUCGGGGCGGUUGACAGCUCCAGAUACACAGGUAACUUGACCACUUUCUCGUUGGUCAAUAUUGAUGGUUAUUACGAAAACGCUGACGCCUUUUAUAUCACCUGUGAUAGUAUUGACCUUACUUAUUCCAGCAAUAACUCUGUUGCUCUGAAUGUGUCUUCUGCAAAACAUCCAAUCUUAUUCGAUUCCGGGACUUCGUUUUUUGUGGUUCCACCGACAGUUUAUGAAUGGUUUGGAGUGGCCUUUGAACAUAUCUCCUAUAUUGAGGAAAUCGGUGGAUAUCUUGCCCUUUGUGAUGUGUUGGAAGAUUAUAAUUUCGAUAUUACUUUCCAAGGCACUACUUAUUCUAUCCCUCUUUCGUUCUUGAGUACUUCAAUGACCGAGGCCAGUCAGGGUAUGUUGCAAGGGGUUUCUCUGAAAUACAAUAAGCCUGAUUAUUGUUUCUUGGAGCUCUUACCAGGGGACGACAAUACAAUGAUUGCUGGGGAUACUCUUCUAAGAUGGUUUUAUGUGGUUUAUGAUUUGACUAACUAUGAGCUUCUGGUGGCCCAAGCAUUGUUCAACAGCACCACUGAGGAUAUCCACGUUGUUUCUGCUCUUGAUAAGAUUCCUGGGGCGGUCUCUGCUCCUAGUUCCACUACGUAUGAGGGUGACAUGGAUACUCCGGAGGGAACCGAUGGUGAAGAGCCAACUUUCACCGGUACCAUACAUAAAGGAACAAAGUAUCUUAAUGCUGGUGGUAAAUUGACCAGCUCUUGGCCAUUGAUUGUUGGGGGGCUUGCUGGUUGGUAUUUUUUCUUCUAA